AGGCGGUCCAAAACAUCCAAUCAGGGUAAUCCCUUCGGGAGAACAACCGAAAGAAAAAAAGAAAUCUUUCACUCCGACAGUUUGCUCUUUUUUUUUCCGUCGAAAUACAAUACCUCUGCCCUUGCCCUAUGACCCAUCACGCCAGUGCUGCUUCCAAUCAUCCUUCUUCCUCUUCGCACAAUAUUGUUGGCAUUCACUACAGAGUGGGCAAAAAGAUUGGCGAAGGAAGUUUCGGCAUUAUCUAUGAGGGAACCAAUCUGCUGAACAAUCAACAGGUGGCUAUCAAAUUUGAGCCCAGGAAGAGUGAUGCUCCACAGUUGCGAGAUGAAUAUCGAACGUACAAGAUCAUGGCCGGAUCCACUGGAAUCCCCACGGCGUAUUAUUUUGGUCAAGAAGGACUACACAAUAUUCUUGUCAUCGAUUUGCUAGGUCCCAGCUUGGAAGAUAUGUUUGAUAUCUGUGGUCGCAAAUUUUCAGUCAAGACGGCCUGUAUGCUGGCUAAGCAGAUGUUAACGCGUGUACAAACGAUCCAUGAGAAAAAUCUCAUUUAUCGCGAUAUCAAACCUGACAAUUUUCUCAUUGGUCGACCUGGGACGAAAAUGGCUAAUAAUAUUUUUGUGGUGGAUUUCGGCAUGGCAAAGCUUUACCGUGACCCCAAGACCAAGCAGCACAUUCCUUAUAGAGAACGCAAAAGCUUAUCGGGUACAGCACGCUACAUGAGCAUAAAUACCCACUUGGGUCGCGAACAAUCUCGUCGCGAUGAUCUCGAGGCUUUAGGCCAUGUGUUCAUGUACUUUAUCCGUGGAUCGCUUCCGUGGCAAGGUUUAAAGGCCGCCACCAACAAACAAAAGUACGAGAAAAUUGGAGAAAAGAAACAAACAACAGCCGUGAAAGAUCUGUGCGAUGGUUACCCUGAGGAAUUCGGAAUUUAUCUGCAGUAUGUACGGAGGUUAGGCUUUGAAGAAACUCCCGAUUACGACUUUUUGCGCGAGCUGUUCACGAAAGCUCUCAAGAACACUGGAGAGAAGGAAGAUGGUGUAUACGAUUGGAUGCUGCUCAACAACGGAAAAGGCUGGGAGACGAUCCAACAAGCUCACCAGCAUCAUCCUAAAGAUACGACGGCUAACCAAACAGCAAGGCAAGAUACUCAUGGAGCGAAUCAAGCCCCUCGUCAGAAGCAGGGCCUUUUGGCCAAACUGACCUGUGGUUUGUGUCAAUAA